UUCGCCAGCGACCCGUCUGCGUGCAGCUCCCCGUCACGGACAGCAUUCCCGCAUCGAAUCCACGUCGAACGUUCAACCGUAUCCGUCCCGUUCGUCCGCGGCCCGCGUUUCAUCGCCAUGAGCUCCAACGAAGGAUUGUUCAACGACAAGUUCAUCGUCUUCGACUUCGAAGAGGUGGACGACGAGCUGCUCGACUAUCUGAACGCGAAUUCGGACCUGGGUGAGUGAGGCGCCGAGAUCUAUUUAAAAUUACGCGGCGGGGGGUCAGGUACGUCGGGGGUUUUCUUUCUUCUACAAAACCGUAAACUACUGAGUACCGGUCUAAACGUGCUUCGCCAUUUUCGUGUGCUCGCGCCGUACCGGUGUUACCGGGACGUGUCCGCUUAAUGCAGGGGGAAUAACACGGCCGGAGUCGAUACGGACGAAAUCGAUAGAUCUCUUUGCGCGGUCGGGGGAGAGCGAACCGAUUUUAUUUGGACACAACGGAAGUGUGUGUAGAGUGUUGUUCCCGGGAUCCGUUCGCGCGUUCGUUGACGGCGUACAGAUGUGGUGAUUUUCUCGACUCGGUCGCAAAAUACCCGGGGUGGCGUAAUACGCAACUCUUGACGCUGUACAACGACGCACGCAUCGGCCGUCGCCGAGUCGUCGCUCGUACCGAGACAUCGACGGCAGGCGUGUUGAUUUUCCGCGGUAAAAAAAAAAACAAAAAAAUAAAAUACACGGCCGCUCUUCGCGCCCCGUCCAGUUUUGAAGCUGCCCGUCGCCGGGUUCGGCGUGUUCGGUCAGGAGACGCGCCGGGUAAACGCGGCCAAAAUAAAAAAAAAAACCAACCGCAAACGAAGAAACUCGCCUAUCGCCCGCGUGCGCGCGUCGGGGGAUCGCGUUUGGUCGCGGGCGGCGGGUGCGUGCCCCGUGUGCGAGACGUUGUCCCGGGGUCUCGCGUGACUCGGGGCCCCGAACGCGGCCGUCCGCGCGUUUCGAAAUCGGCCGCCUGCCGAACGGGACAGGCGAGUGAUGAGGGCGGGCGGAGCGAUUGUCGUCCGCCGUAUACUCGUUAACGUGCCGCGCGAACAAGUCGUCCACCCCUCCCCACCCCCGAUACCCGAUGGGAAUUAAUAUGUCCCUCUGUUAAACGCGUGCGAAACCGACGAGCGGGUUUGUUGCGGUCGGGCCGGCGGGUUAAUUUUCGUAAACCGUCACCGAAUGCACCGGACGGACGCGAAUGUACCUACCUACCUACCUACCCACCCCCCUCCCACCCGUAUACCGUGCGGCGAUCGGAUAUAAAAAUCCAAAAAAAACUUUCCGCUUUGGGUCGUCCUCCAUUGAACGAAAAAAAAUCCCUCCCCCGAAAGAAUUGCCCGGUGUGUUUAUGUUGCGUGUACUCGUUCUGCCCGUUUUGCCCAUAGCACCGUCACUCCGUUCGUAUACGUUGUUUUGUUUUUUUUUUCUAUUCUAUAUCCGAUCACGGAUAUAGAAUCGGCUCAAAAAGCGCGCGGGCGUGCUAAUAACUAACUUACAGACGUAUACGCAUCGAAAUCGUUUCCAAAGGCGAAUGUUAAACAAAUGUUGUUUCCUCCCGCGUAUUUAUUUAUUAUUAUUUAAAAUUUUCAAAAAAGUAAAAGAGAAACGGUAUAACACUUAGGCGCAAUUCGGGGGGGACUUGGAGGGGCUCAGCCCCUCCAAAAAUUUGUAUUUAAGUAUUAAAUGCUUCAUUAAUUAUCUAAUGUACAUAGUGUUAGUCAUAGAAAAUAUAUACGAUAUAAAAUAUACGUAUGGUGUUAGCCGGGUUUAUAGGUUAUUAUUAUCUAUAAACCUUUGGGUGUUGGUCCUUUGUGGCUUCGCGGGUAUUACCCAUAUUACAGAAACUUGGCUUGUUUUUCGUUUCUAUUUUACGUACGCCCGUACGCGACGUGCAAUAUGCGCAGGUACCGUAUACCCCACACUUCCAGGAGACCGUGUUCAAUGGCCAAUAAACUGAUAGUGCAUGGUGUAUUUUUAGAAUCGGUUCUGAUGUUCACAAUAAAUCCCACGUAUUCGGUCUUAAUAUCUAAGAUAAAACUAAUAACCAUAGUCGCAGCGCUAUUGCUCAUCGGUGCAUCGGUUUACGAGUUUGAAAAUUUAUAUGUUCAAUACUCAUGUAUCGUUUUUGUAACAUACUUAUUUCGAAGUGUCGUUCCGCUAUUAUUAAAAACCCUUCAGUUAUAACGGAUAAAAAUUAAGUGUUUCAAAUUGUAUACGUUAUGUUUUUGAAUACCUAAAUUAUGUUAUUCGUUUUAAUAGAAAUAUUCUUAGUUUUAUUAAUGGAUCCAUAAUUCAUGCGGGAAAAUUGGUGAGAUAACUANAUGGGGGGGGCAGAUGCGGAUCUGUUUCGUUUGAAACUAUUGAGCCCCUCCAAGUUAAAAACUGAAAUUGCGCCUAUGGGGAUACAGUUUUUCGCGUACUCCGGUUAAAAACAAAACGAGUACCGUCGUCUCCCGCGCGUUAAAGACGGCACGCCCGCGGGUGGCGGCGGCGGCGGCGGUGGCUGCGGCGGUGGUGGCGGUGGGGGGGGUACCUAGUGAAAUCGCGCCGUAUUCGUGUUGGCGCACAAUACCCGGACGGACCAACCGUCGUGUACGGAUUUUGACGGCGCGCGCGCUCGAUAUCGCGCGCGGGUUCGCGUGAUAACCAUCCGUGCCGCCGAACCGCGGGGCGAUAAUUUCCCGCGGACUGGACCCAAUGAGUCGGCGCGCGCGCGCGUUCCGGAGUUCCUUGCGGUUGGCGGUUCCGCUGUCGGUGUAACAGUCCCGUCCGUCGUCUGCCUACCUGCGGAUCGGCCGCCGCGCAAAACCCCGUGUACCGUUUUCGGCGCGUUAACAUUGGACGCGCGCUCCGUUCGAUUGCCGCGAUGAAAACAUUUGCCGGUCGGGAGAAACCGGUCGCCGUGCCCGCGGCGUCCGACGACCCCGUACGUUGCGGUACGUUACGUUACGGUUAUCUGCCCGGACAAUGACGAACAACAUCGCAAUGUCGUUCCCGAAUUUUCGCGGCGGGGCGGGUGUUCUGGGGGGGGGGAGUGAGGGUGGAGGGGAACGUUCACGUUUCGUAGACAUUCCGACGCGGAUACACGUUCGCGGCGCGUAAUUUUAACAACAAUUUUACUUGUAACAAAGGCGAAGAGAACGAUUACCAGGCCGAAAAUUCUUCACCCCGUGCGUCGGGUUCAAACGCGCCGAGGCCAUUGGAACCGAUUGGAAUUACAUUGGACAAAAUAAAUUUCUAUAGUACCAUAUUGCAGCAUCCCGAACGGUCGUUCGAAGUAAGACAUUUUCAAUUUACCCAUUUUGAAGUGAUACAGUUAAAUGUAUCGUUCCAUUUAUUAUUGUAACGCGUGGAUUACGUUUAGGUUGUGACGAAUACUCCGCCCGCGCCCGUAGCCGAACGGCCUUCUGCCGAAAACGAAAACGUAAAAAACUUAUUCAGAAUGCUGAACAAAGAGCACAAGGUCCAUGUUCGUUCUUUUAUCGAUUUAGCAGAGCCCCAGACCGUUUACUUGAAUGAUAUGCAUCCUUUAUCGCCAGUAAACAACCCUUCGAAUUUCGAAAAUCAAGUAAUAUAUAAUUUAAACUGAUUAAUGCUAAUUAUAUUAUUGUAUAAUAAUGAUAAUAGCGAUGUUUAGAAACGUUGUUGCGGAUGUCGUUUUUGCGAUCAGAUUCAAUCUUAAUGAAGGGUUUUCGCGCCGGACGACUUUUCUCGCAACAUAUUUUAUCGAUAGAAUUAUUACCGACAUUUUUGUAAUAGUUUUCGCCACAGCACUGACCGGUGAUAAAAAUAUCUAAUGUGCGUUUUAUAUGGAUAAAUGGCGGUGCAGUCGGCUCGUAAACCUUGGGGCAGCGGGUUUGAUCCCCGCCGCAAUAUUAAAUAAACUUUAUUUGGGGUGUUCAGACGAUCUAUAGUGGGGUCGAGCUCUCUCCUCGUAGCCACCACUAGUUGUGCCGCUGAGGAUAGAGUACUUACUUGAAUUCGUAUUUAUAUAUUUGUUGUUUCAAUCAAUAUAUUAUUGGUUUGUUAUGAUCAGAUGCAGAAUAUAUCGACUAUGGAUUCUCGCCAUUAUCUACAGCCCCAUAGAGGACGUCGUGUGCCUAAAUCACCGAGUACGAAUGCACCUUGAAACAUCUUCUUUUAGUUAAUGUAAUUUUUUUCCAUAUUUAUUCUUGUGCAGGAGGAAGACCCGUGACAAGAACCCCCGCUGUAAAAAGACGUCGAUCGUCUAGGCAAAUGGCUUCACGUAAACGUUUAGCUACAAAUAAGUUAGUUAUUGAAAUUUUAUUGAGUAUUCAGUCGGUUUAUAAUGUUAUUUUUUUAAUUAGAAACGCAGUUACGAACAACUAUUCGACUCAACAAGAUGAUACUGUUUCAAACGAAGAUCAACUAUCAAUACGGUAAUUCGUUGUUUAUUAUAAUUUGACUAAAGCUUUCUUUUUUUUUUUAAAUUCCAACUGAUUAUUAUUUGAUUGUUUGGAAAAUAUUAGGCGGCCUUUAAAAUUUAUUCUGCCCAACAAAAAUCACUUGUAGCAUUACUCGAUUAUAAGUAUAAUUAUUCAAUAAAAAUGUAUAGUUUAGACACUAAACUUAGAAGGAUGAUAUAUCAAUAAAUAUAUGAUCUUUAAACAAUCUGAUAAAUGUUGUUACAAAAAGAUAUUGCUCAUGACUAGGCUACUGUUAUUGGUGAGCGGGUUGAAAUGUACCGUAGAGCAUUAAGGUAAUUUACAAGUUUGAACACAUAAAUUAUAAAAUAAUAAAAGAUGACCUAGGAUAAUAGGGACGAGUGCAGCCAUUGUCAUAGAUAAUUUAAUGUAUACCUAUAAGGAACGUUAUACCGUUGCUUAUGAAAAAACUAUUCUGAGCGGAGAUCAGUUGUUAGUGAUUCUUUGUCAACAAUAUAUAUUUCCCAGUAUUUAUGUUUGGUAAACAAUUUUAUUUUUUUUAAAUUUUUUUUUUUUCUGAUUGUAAACUUUCAACUAUAUUUUAUUAUUGUUAACUAUAUGUGAUUUUAUCGCCUUACUCACGUUUUACACGGAGGCGGGCAGGGGCAGGCAGCGAGAGCGAAAAAUUUACGGAAACGCGCGCGCGACGGUUUUACCGGCCGGCCCCGGUUUUCGCGAUUUCCACAAAAGCGCCGACGGUUUUUUUUUUUUUUUUUUCCCCGUCUCCCUUUUUCGAACGCGAUUUUAAUGAGCCCGACCGGCGCACCCCGUAUAGAUACGCGUGUCGUCGUACGCCGGACGCUGACACGACAACAACAAUAACCGCGGCGGGGUUCGAUUUCCGCUCGGCUCUCGGGGUCCGCCUCGCCCCUAGUAAGUAGCCGCGCGCAAUAGGCGGACAUCCCAAUAACGUACAGACAGCGCCCACGCGUACACCCGGGUCGCGUUAGUUCGCACGACCGCCUUUCCGUAACACUGUCUCUCAACGGGUGGGUAUCCAAUGACACGUAACGUUCGUCGUCGUCUGUUAUGCCGUACCGCCGUCGCGUACGAACAAAAGCCGGCCAUCAAACGAAACCCGGCGGUGCCGAAUGCGAUUGAAAUAUUACCGUUAAUUAUGUUCGCGUGUGUGUUAGUGGGGAGGGGGGGGGCGGGUAUCAUCGAGCGCCGCCCGGUCAAAACCCGAAGGACGGUUCGAUAAACAUCGUCGUCGCGGAUUAUUCGCGGCGUUCGCGCGCCGGACCCCGUCGUAGGGGUAACGAUCGCGGUAACGAUGUCGUCGUGUCGUCCGACGUGAGUGACUCCGCGUGAGUCCGCAGGCGGUGUGCACCACGCGUGAAAACGCCGCCGCCGCCGCCAGAAAAUACGUCCACAAAAUCAUCCACGUCGGGGGGGUAUUGUCGAAACGUGCACGAAAACGUGCGCGGUGUAACCGGACCACGGACGGUACGUCGUACGGUGGCGGCGGGUGGGCCACUGUUGUCGCGGAGCGGCGGGACGUGUUCGAACGGGCGACGCGUGGACGGGGGGAACUCGGUGUAUUCGAUCGGCGCGCGACGGUUAACAACCGGUCAUUGCUGUUAUUGCGUUGCGCCAACCGAAAAACGAUUCUGAGCGGCGGUCCGGAUUUACACGUUUUUAAACGUUUUCCCGUGUUUCUUACGGGUGUUCCCGGUGUUUCCCGUUUGCCGGGACACGAUAUGUCCCGGUCAGAUUUUCUUUCGGAAAAAGCGCUUCGCUUGAUAAUCAACGCGACAUUUCCGGUAGCAAAGUUGUUCGCAGAAUCUAAAAUACGGUCUGUUUCCGAAAUCGGUCAUCCGUCUUGUUCUUGUGAUUUUAGUGAUCGAAAUUCGUGAUAAUAUUUUUUUAAAAUAUUUCCGCCGUCUCGACCAAAGGUUAUAAAUAAUAGGUAUGAUAUAUAUAAAUAUAUGUGAAUUAUCUCCCGUAUUACCGAAAAAUCUUGUUAAUAUGAAAAUAAGAAAUACUAUGAAAAAAAAUAUAUUAAAAAAAAGAGUAAGGGAAAUUACCUAAAUCAACCUGAAAACUGCGGAUAUUAAAAAAAAAGUAGAAUAUAAGUUUUCAAACUUUGCAAUUCUAUCAUUUAAUAAAGUUUAAGAAAAACUAGAGUAAACAUUGUAUGAAGUCUAAAAAACAAACAAAAAAAACAUUCUUAUUUCAUAUUUACUAAUAAAAAAGACGUCCUAGGAUAAUGGGGACGGGUGCAGCCACUGCUAUAGGUAAUUUAAUGUAUACUCGUGAGUAACAAUAAACCAUUGCUUACGAUUUUAAGCGGAGUUCAACAAUAUAUGUGCAAUUGUAUAGUAAAAUAAUUAAACAGGCUUUGUUUUAUGUUUUUCAAUAAUAUUUGUACCGAUUUUCCCCGGUUUCUACGUUUUUUUUGCGGUUUUUCACAUUUGCCGUGAAAACUGAGAAAAUCGAUUAAUGACUCGAAGUCAAAUGAUCUAAAGUACCUCCUCAAUCGGAUUUCCUUUUAGAAACAUUGCUGUCAUUGCGGAUUGGUGCAAAAUUGCUGGUAAAUUAGUUGUGCGCGGAGAAAAAAGGCCAUAAUAUUUUUAGCUAAUACCUACAUUACUUACAUUUUCCUGUUUUUCAAACGUUUUUUUUUUCAGUUUUUCAUAUUUGUUGAGAAAAAUCUACGAGAAAUAAUUCGAAAUGAAUUCGUUAGUUUACUAAGG